GUUACUGCUCAUUCCAAAGCUGUCUCCAGCCAGAUACUAUAUAUUCCACGCUCUGCAGAUUAUAUAUCUAAAAUAUAAAGAUGAAUCUUCAAGAGAAGCUGGCCUGGUUCUUUGGCCUGAAGUCGGUGCGUUAUGCGCAGAUCUUCAUCGUGGUGACGGGCGAUCUGCUGGCUUUAUCCAAUCUAUAUCCCAAGCACUCCAUGUACAUUAGGCGUCCCUUUCUCCUCUGGGAGGAUCUGGACGAUAAGGAGGACCUGGAUGGGCACAAGAAGCAGCAUGAGGAGGACGACAACGUCACAGUCUCCGACUAAUACUGAUCCAGCGUUUCUAAUUUAUAUUUAUAUAUAUUUUUUAUGUGCGUGGGAGACGUUUUAUGGCCAUGCAAGAGAGAUUCGAUUCCACCGAGCCAACCUUGACCUUGUGUCUCUGUAGGUGCCUUGCUGAACACCUCGUUUCGUUCUCGUUUUGCCCGUUGCAGCCGGAGGAUGCCCUCGUGAGCCUGUUCAAAUGCCGGGACCAAAUUAACUCGGCUCCUCAUUAAGGCACACACAAAAAUUCGAAAGUUUCGACCGCCGUCGUCUGGAAAUAAACGUCAAUUUAAAGCGCAAACAGGCACGAGGGGGCUGAGAGGGGUUUGUUGCAAAAAAAUAAACUUAAAAAAUGUCGAAAAAAAA